UUUGGGAAGCAGCACUUCGCGCUGGGACUGGUUCUCUCGCAGCCAUUUUCUGUCCAACCACACGGCGGUUUAGAGAAGCUAACCAACCAGGGCUGUAUCGGAGAUGGACGGCGACAGUUCAACCACCGACGCCUCUCAGUUGGGAAUGUCAGGGGAGUACAUGGCAGGAAGCCACUACGUUCUUCAGUCACAGGACGAUGAUGGGGAUGAGAGCCUGCAUGACCAUGAGGAAGGCAACGGCAGCAAGGAAAACUUCCGUGAGCAGGACAUCUACCUCCCCAUCGCUAACGUGGCUCGCAUCAUGAAGAACGCCGUCCCACAGACAGGAAAGAUAGCAAAAGAUGCCAAGGAGUGUGUGCAGGAGUGUGUGAGCGAAUUCAUCAGCUUCAUCACGUCGGAGGCCAGCGAGCGCUGCCACCAGGAGAAGAGGAAGACAAUCAACGGCGAGGACAUCCUGUUUGCCAUGUCCACCCUGGGCUUCGACAUGUACGUGGAGCCCCUGAAACUCUACCUUCAGAAGUUCAGAGAGGAAAGAACGGUUAGUACAGCAGGCCAAACUGACCCCUGGGUGCCAGAGUGUUCCUGUGCUGCAGUAGAGGAGAGGUCCACCGGGACCAUCUGUAACCGAUGUGAAAACUAAAGAGCUCAGGGCCCAGCUAGAUUGAGCUCACGACCAUCCGUAUACAAUCGAGUCCUGCCCCUAUACGCCACAGAUGGAGCUGACGGAGAGUGAGAUCAGUGAAGACCAGAACUCGCUGUGUGAACCUGAGGGCUCAGAAUCACAAUCAUCACAGUAAAAUAUACUAUACAAUAUAUACAAUAUACUAUCGAUCACUUUGGGGAAGCGGGAUGGUGUUCCGAAAAUGGAGAAGGAACAGGCCAUUCAACAGCGAAUUCAAAGAUACACCCAUCCAUAAAGGGAAUCCGAGUGGAAUAGUUUUUCUGCAUAUUUUUUUUUUUUACCCUUUUCAAUGGAUGUGCUACCUUGUCCCAGUUCGACUCUCUCAACAUAUGAAUGCUCAGCUAUGAAAAGCCAACUGACAUUUGCUUCUGAAGUGUUGAACUGUUGCACCCUCUAACCACUGUGGUUAUUAUUUUGAUGUAAAAAGUGCUUUUGUAAAAUAUAUUUGAUUGAUUGAUUGUUUGCUGUGCUGGAUGCUGUGUAUUCACUAACUGUCUGAGUGAUGGGAAAUUUUUUAUAGUAUCUGUAGCAUAUUUUGGUGUGUAUUUAAUCUGCAUCUUAACUUCAUAAAGUGGCAAUCAGCAGUAGAAACAAUUAACAAAGUGUCUCCCUGCUCCUCUUUCGGUAAAAAGCUGAGGGAUGGGGCUGGAGAAAUGUAACCACUCUCAAAUUCAUAGACAGAGCUAUAGAUGCAAGGACUGACCAUCCAUGAUAUCAAAAUUGUUAUCCUGUCUCUAUGAUCUGUUUCCACUACUAUGUACCCAGUUCGCUUUGGAUAAAGGUGUCUGCUCAAUGGCAUAUAUUAUUAAAGUCUACUUUGACUCUAGCUGCCCAGCUAGCUGCCCUGUUCUAGCUGCCAACUAGCUGCCCAGUGUAGUUACCAUUCCUUUCCAAUAGAAGGCCGCCAAAGCUAGUUGAAGUCACUACUCUAGCGACAGGGACGGGGUUAGUGCACAUUGAAAGUCGUUUUAUCUUCAAAGCAAGUUUAUCUGGUUACACUUGAACCUGUUGUUAUAGUGGACAAGCUAACUAAUACUAUUUUUACAUAAAACCCAGGCGUUAGGUAUAUGUCUUAGGCUAGGCUAGAUUUACUAAAUAAAAAUAAAUUACUUUUAUUCAAUGCCUUUGCUUCUGGCUAUGCGCGACUUGUGGAAGAAACGGCACACGCAGGGAUGAGACGCCGUACACCUCGUCCAAUUCUCCCUUAUGCGGAUAGGGUGAACUGGCGAUAAGCUGCCAGCCUGUAUGCUCUGCAAACACAAUCAUAGGACAAGUUAGUCUGAUACCUAAACUAAAUCACAAUGUAUUUAUAAUGAGCACGCCCCAUUAUUGGUUAGAAUGAGAUUUCAUGAAUCAUGAUGUUGUCUGCGAUUUGAACUCUGGUCGUCUAAUCUAAAGUAAAUGUGUUACCAACGCGCCAAACAGCGCUGAUGAUAAACAUCGUUAUAGAACGGAUACUAUAUAUAUUGGACACCUACCCACUACUGAUAUUAACCUUAAACAAUUGAUAAUCAAACAAAAUUUCACCAAUUAUUUAACAGGUAUAUCGGCUGCUGACUGGUCGAGUAACCUCUUCUGCCAGGAAGUCCUUCGUUAGCAUUAGUGACACGUUCAAUAACUACAUCGCCAUCCAGACAGACUGACAGGAACCCAGCCACCAUCCGCUGGGAUUUUGUGCUGUAUCGCCACCAUGUGCUGUAUCACCACAACACACACACUCCUACUCUAGCCAUUACCUGGCAGCAUCCCCACUCACACCAGUUUGUGUUUGCCUACGCAGACCCUCUAGCUGAGGUGUUUCAUGCAGCAUAUCUGUGUUGUUACUGCUACGAGAAUAGACUCUUUGAUCUGGGGCAACGAUUGGCUCAAACAUGAACGGCUUCAGUAGGUUUAUUGGCUCCCUAACUAGCAUUAUUUCAUUCUCUGUAAUAAACUCAGACUCGGAGCUACUCGAUAAAUUCAGCCAUUUUGGGGAGUUACAAAAUGUUCUCUCCUGCCAGUGACGCAACAAUGCCAAUAUGGCGGUUUACAGUUAGUUAGCUGGCGUUUGUAAAUCAUAGUGUUUCCAUUCCCCUUUAACUUAUCACACGGUUGAUGCUGUGGAAAUACAGCUCAAUGUAUAAUACUAACACAUUCUUAAUGUG